AUGGCCAAUGCAGAUUUUAGAAAAGAUGUUAUGGCGGUACGUCCCAGGAGCGUCUAUACUGCGCAUUCCUAUAACCAGGAAGAGUCGAGUCUUUCUACUUUCCAAGACUACAGCAAGUUUUUGGAAGGUGGAUUAGGGCAGGCUGAGCUGGUGGGCGCUUCGGGCUGGCAGCCGCCGUGGCGGGCUCCUCUCCAACGUAAGGCACCCUUCUACCCUGGAGAUGACAUCUACCACGCUGAUACCUGGCGCGAACUCGAGGUAACUGACGGCGUCGGAGGCGCGACGUACAAUGUCUCCGUGACCCCACAUGGUACUGUUUGUAUGAGGCUUAGGGACAGGGUCAAGGUAGACAUGACGAUCGAUGGUGCUGUUCGUCUCACUAACGCCAAGAACAAUAUAAUCUUGGCUCUAUCUCGUUCGGGCGCAUCUGCCGCUCUGAUACACCCCAACGGCAGGGUUUACCAGUACGGCUCUAGGGUUGAAAUCCAGGCCAGGCAUCAGCAGGGGAACAAUAAGUACGCGAAGAUGUGGUACAAGGGUGUAUCGUUCACCGCUGAGCAAUGUGCCUUGGUGUACCUCGUGGACGCGGCUGGUACACGGACCACAACGGACACCUUCCUAGACAUGAGCCAGGACUUCACGCUAAACGUGUUCUACAACGAGUCUCGCCACGGGCCGUCGUACGUGAACGAGGCCCUGUCGCUGCUGCAGGGCGUCCAGUACUGGCUGACUGAUGACGGCAUUGAUAAUUGGAUCAUUAACAACGUGAGGGUCAGCCAGACGGCAGACGGCCUUGUCAGAAUCCACCGCUGCAGCCACAAGUACCAGCUUCGCACGAGCCCCAGCAACGGCUCUGCGUCCAUAACCAGCCCUUUCCUCCACUGCACCGCCUCGCUAGGACAGACGCAGCAUUUGUUUGUCAGGCGGGGAGAAAGGCGAAUGCACUUUGACGGUAAUUCGUUUAUAGUUCGCAACGCUGGCCAUUCAGCCGGCUUCGACGACAAGAACCAGCUCAAGGUGAAGUGA